AACUGGACCACACCUGUGCACCAGCAUCAGUCGAUCGAUCUCAACUGCGAGUCGAACAACACUGGGAAAACCUCGAAAACAUGAAGGGGAUAUUUUAUUGCUCGUUGUGCGUUUUCGCCGUAUGGGCAUGUGCCGUCGGGGCAGACGAACCUGCCAAACCGGCAGCCGAAACCAAGAGUACCGCUGCGGUGGUCACCGACGACAAGAAGAACAGCAAGAGGGGUCUGUUCGACUUGGGCUACGGUUACGGAUCCGAUUUUGGUUACGAGUCCGAAUACAGCGGAGACUAUCACCAUCAGCACUACGAUCACAGCAAGGUGUUGUCCAAAACCAUCAUCAAAGAAGUAGCUCAACCGUACCCCGUCGAAGUCGAAAAGCACGUUCCGUACCCAGUCAAAGUGCACGUGCCCGUCGACAGACCUUAUCCGGUUCAUGUGCCAAAACCGUACCCGGUGCACGUUGAAAAGCCAGUUCCGUACGAAGUCAAAGUUAAGGUGCCUCAACCGUACACCGUGUACAAACACGUGCCGUAUCCAGUCAAAGUGCCCGUCGAUAGACCCUACGAAGUUCAUGUGCCCAAACCUUACCCAGUGGUCGUAGAGAAACACGUUCCGUACGAAGUCAAAAAACACGUCCCGUAUCCAGUCAAAGUUCCAGUAGACAGACCUUACACCGUUCACGUGCCCGUAGAAAAGCACGUGCCUUAUCCAGUAGAAAAACCUGUACCUUAUCCGGUCAAAGUUCCAGUCGACCGUCCAUACCCAGUCACUGUGGAGAAACACGUGCCCUAUCCAGUAGAAAAGCCGGUACCAUAUCCAGUAGAAAAGCCUGUGCCUUACCCAGUUAAAGUUCCCGUGAAAGUUCCAGUUCCAGUACCAUAUGAAGAACACGUCAAAGUCGCUGUACCCGUCGACAGGCCAUACCCCGUCCAUGUGCCAAAACCAUACCCAGUUCAUGUCGAGAAACCAGUGCCUUAUCCAGUCAAAGUAGCAGUCCCACAUCCAUACCCAGUCGUCAAAGAAGUGCCUUACCCAGUUAAGGUGCCCGUUGACAGGCCAUACCCAGUUCACGUACCAAAACCGUACCCAGUAUACGUCGAAAAACACGUGCCUUACCCAGUCGAAAAACACAUUCCAUACCCAGUCAAAGUUCCAGUCGACAGACCAUACCCAGUGCACGUACCAGUCGAAAAACACAUUCCUUAUCCAGUAGAAAAGCCAGUGCCUUACCCAGUCAAAGUGCCAGUCGACCGUCCAUACCCAGUACCAGUAGAAAAACACAUCCCAUACCCAGUAGAGAAACCAGUACCGUACCCAGUCGAGAAGCCUGUGCCUUACCCAGUUAAAGUUCCAGUGAAAAUCGCUGUCCCAGUGCCAGUGCCAGUAAAACACUACGACCAUCAUGAACAUCAUCAUCAUGACGAAUACGAACACGACAGUGGUUAUUAGACCAGCUCAAAUCCCAAAAGUUACCAGAUUUUAACCUAUAGGUUACCUAUUCUAUGUUAAGUACGUUUUUUUUUUUUUACAUUUUAUUUGUGUGUAAAUAAUUAUAUAAUUUUUCUACUGCGCGAAAAAUCAAAAUUAAUAUUAUCUAAAAAUGUCGAAGCUAAAAAUCAUAUUAAUUUUACUUGCUUCGAUUGUUACCAAAAAUAAUCGUUUUUAAACGACUUCGAAUAAAGUUUUUUUUAUGUAAAUACUCUUUGUCUUUCUUUUUUUUUUUUUUGCAUCAUUUUGUAUAAUUUCAUAUCAUUGCUUUGUUUCAAACAAUACAAACAAAAAUUGUCAUGUUAACAAUGUGAGGCAAAGAAUUAUUAUGAUACAAAUAAAGUUUUUUAACCAUGU